AUGUCCAUCUCGGCUACUCCCGACGCCCCCGCCCUGUCCACCAUGCCCUCCUCGUCCUCUCCCAUCGCUCAUCUCCUUACGACCCACCUCCCCACUUCACCCCUCGUACCGCGCCUCACGACCCUCUCCUCCACCCUCCUCACGCACAAGGUCGACAAGGAGACGCGGAGACAGGUCGAACAAUUGAGGGGGGAGAUGCGGGAUCGUUGGAGGGCUGAGGCGUUCAAAGUCAAGGCUAGUUGGAUGGCUGGAGUUGUACCGAGUCACGAGAGAGAGGGACAAGGGGGUGUUGACGGCGAGCAAGGAGCGGAAAGGGAAGCGGGCGAAGAAGCGCAGAACGGGGACGACCCCCUCCUCCAGCCCACAAUCAUUUCCGACGCCGACGGCGCAGCCGAGAUGUCCCGCCAAGUCGACGACAAAGUCGAGAGUGGCAUGGCGGAGCAGAUGAAGGUUGCGGAGGAGGUUGUGAGGGGAUCGGUGGAGAGGAGCGAGGGGAUGGAGAUGGAGUUGUGGCUUGGACAGGCGAUCCUCGACGGCUUCUCCUCAGGUGCGGGCGACGAAGACCAAGCCGCGCGAUUCGUCCUCGACCGGCUCGAAGACGCUUUCUUCGAGGCUGGCUUGUCGCUCGACGAGAGCAAGUAG